UUGUAGAUAAGGAAUAUGCACGAGAGUUGGGUAGAGUGUUGGAGAAAGCGGAUUUCGAUAUUUGCAAAGGUGUUGUAGGAUUUCUAGAAAAAUUUAAAACAAAAAUAGAAAUUGUUUCAGCAUCUUCUAAACCUUUGGCACACAUAUUUCUCCGAGAGAUUUUAGACGUUGACCAACAUCUACGAGAGUGGGAAACGAGACCAGAAUUUUUCUUAAAUGGUGAGGACAUGAGGAAGAAAUUUGAUAAGUAUUGGGGGUCGUUCGAUAAGCUCAAUGAUUACAUGUACUUUGCUGUGUUGUUGGAUCCCCAAAUGAAAUCUUCGUUUAUUCAUCAUGCCUUUAAGACUAUCAUAAACAUAAGGUAGAACGUGAAUACAAAUACGAUUACUGAAUCAGAUAUUGAAAUAAAGGCGUCUAAUAUGCUUAGAGAGGUUGAACAAAAGUUGGAGAAGUUUUUUAUGAGGUACAAAGAGUUGUACGGUAAUGAAUCAUCUCAAGAAGAAAGAGUUGGAGAUGUGGUUCCUCGUGAUGACGGGAACGGUUAUUUAGGUGCGUUCCUUAAUGUGGGAGGCAAAUCGAUGUCAGUGGAAAACGAGUUAAAGAGGUAUUUGAGAGAGGGAGUUGUAACUUACACCAAAGACUUUGACAUUUUACAAUGGUGGAAACACAACAACAUGCGUUUCCCAAUCGUUUCUCGGAUGGCGAAAGAUAUUCUGGGGAUACAAAUAUCUACCAUGGCAUCCGAGUCGGCGUUUAGCACGAGUGGUCGUAUAUUGGAUGUUUAUCGAACAAAUUUGUCAUCAACAAUAGUCGAGGCGUUGGUUUUCACAAAAGAUUGGGUUAGAAAAGCUAGCAAACCAAUUGUAGACGAUAUUGACGACAUCUUACACGAUGAUGACAUAGCAUAUGCGAUUGAAGAAGCACUACUACGCGCCGAAUAUAAUAAUGGAAAAACAACAAUGACAACGGAUGUCUAAUAGCCCAAUUUAAAUGUGGUUUUUUUUAUGGAUUUAUAUAUUUUUGAUGUUUAAGACUUUAACUAGAAACACAUGAUGCCAUCACAUGGAUUGUUUUUUUGUUGUAUUUUUACAUUUGGGUUAUUUUGGUUGUUGCAAUCAAUUUGGACAGAUUUGCCCUUAUGUUUUUGUUAAUUGUUCGAAUUAUUAGUUAAUUUGGUUGUA